AUGUUUUGGGACGGGUUGGAGGCGGUGCCCCCUCACCUGUCGGCUCUGAGGAGCCAGGUCAACGAAGUGGCGGCAGACAUGUACGAGCCGACCACAUGGGAGCAGCGCACAUCACUGCUCAGAGGCUUUCAGUCGUUUUGCCUCGAAGCCGGACUGCCGCUCAACCUCGACGCGGUGCCGGUUUUCCUGGAGUCGAAGGAGCUCAAGUACUCUACCAAGGUGCAGUACGGCACCACACUGAAGUCCCUGCUCACGAGGGAGAUAGCGGUGGUAGACGCGUACCUGGCGGGAUGCCGGAAGCGCGAGGCAAAGGAGGAGGUGCGUCAGGCAGCACCGAUCACACCAGCGGACAUGCGGGCCCUGGUGGAAGGGGCCCCUUCGUGGGCCGACGCCACUGUGAUGCAGUUGGCAUGGAUGACCGCGUCGCGGUGGGGGGAGGUGAAGGAUCUCCGAGGGGAGAACCUGCUGCCACAACCGGACGGGUCGGUGAUUUUGGACUGGGCAGCCAUUCCAAAAACGGCAAAGAUCAAUCCAUACCGCGCACAUCGGUAUGUGAAGUUGCAGGGUCCCAUGGCCCAGGAGCUGCGAAAGUUGAAGGCUCAGGUCGGGGAGAGCGGCAAGCUGACUGGGCUCACGACGACACAAAUCGCACAGCGUCUGCGCGAGCGCGGAUACUCAGCACACUCCAUCAAGCGAGGAGCUCUUCAGUCAGCGGCACAGCUGGCCCAAGAGCACGCACUUCCCCCACGCUCGGUGGUGGCUCUCGCGAAGCACGCAGACCCUCUGGAUAUACCGACGACGACGGUUCGCUACAUGGGCCCAAAAACCACGGAACUCACGAAUUCUCACGUGCUGCCGGGUUUACUCGACCGUUUGGUUUUUCGGAAGUGA